GCCGCCGCUGCCGCUGCCGCCGCCGCCGCCGCCGCCGCCUCCGUCCCCGCCGCCGCGCAUUGUGCAGCAGGCGGCCCCCGCGCGGCAGGGCCCUGGACCCGCGCGCCUCCUGGGGAUGGUGAGCAAGGCGCUCCUGCGCCUCGUGUCUGCCGUCAACCGCAGGAGGAUGAAGCUGCUGCUGGGCAUCGCGCUGCUCGCCUAUGUAGCCUCUGUGUGGGGCAACUUCGUUAAUAUGAGCUUUCUACUCAACAGGUCUAUCCAGGAAAAUGGCGAACUCAAAAUUGAGAGCAAGAUCGAAGAGAUCGUUGAACCACUGAGAGAGAAAAUCAGAGAUUUGGAAAAAAGCUUCACCCAGAAAUACCCGCCAGUAAAAUUUUUAUCAGAAAAGGACCGUAAAAGAAUUUUGUCUCUGUGUACUUCUGGUUUCCUCCCAUUCUCCCGAACUUGUUUAUGCUGGCUGACUGGAGGACUGGUGAAGAUAACCGGAGGAGCGGGCUUCGUGGGCUCCCACCUCACUGACAAGCUCAUGAUGGACGGCCACGAGGUGACUGUGGUGGACAACUUCUUCACAGGCAGGAAGAGGAACGUAGAACACUGGAUCGGCCAUGAGAACUUCGAGCUCAUUAACCACGACGUGGUGGAGCCGCUCUACAUUGAAGUUGACCAGAUAUACCACCUGGCCUCUCCAGCUUCCCCUCCAAACUACAUGUAUAACCCCAUCAAGACCCUGAAGACCAAUACCAUCGGGACACUAAACAUGCUAGGACUGGCCAAACGAGUCGGUGCUCGUCUGCUGCUGGCCUCUACCUCGGAGGUGUAUGGAGAUCCUGAAGUCCACCCUCAGAGUGAAGAUUACUGGGGCCACGUGAAUCCAAUAGGACCCCGAGCCUGCUACGAUGAAGGGAAGCGCGUUGCUGAGACCAUGUGCUAUGCCUACAUGAAGCAGGAAGGCGUUGAAGUGCGUGUGGCCAGGAUCUUCAACACCUUUGGGCCACGCAUGCACAUGAACGAUGGCCGGGUCGUCAGCAACUUCAUCCUGCAGGCGCUGCAGGGAGAGCCGCUUACGGUGUAUGGGUCCGGGUCGCAGACGAGGGCGUUCCAGUACGUCAGCGAUCUGGUGAACGGCCUCGUGGCUCUCAUGAACAGCAACGUCAGCAGCCCGGUCAACCUGGGGAACCCGGAAGAACACACAAUCCUCGAGUUUGCUCAGUUAAUUAAAAGCCUUGUUGGUAGUGGAAGUGAGAUUCAGUUUCUCUCAGAAGCCCAGGAUGACCCACAGAAAAGAAAACCAGACAUCAGAAAAGCGAAGAUGAUGCUGGCGUGGGAGCCGGUGGUCCCGCUGGAAGAAGGUUUAAACAAAGCCAUCCACUACUUCCGUAAAGAACUCGAGUACCAGGCAAAUAAUCAAUACAUCCCCAAACCAAAGCCCGCAAGGAUAAAAAAAGGACGGACACGCCAUAACUGAAAACCUCACCUAUUGGGACGGGAGAUCCCGUUUCACACUUGAUGGGAUGUAUUUUUUUUUCUUUUUUCUUUUCCUUUUUUUUUUUUUUUUUUUUUU